AUGAGAAGUUUGGACUUUUGGAACAUCGGGAUCGCUUUUGAGAAAGGAGAAAGCUGUUCAGAAGAGAUGGGAUUCACCUGUGCAGAAAUGGAGCUAAUCUCCUGGCUGAGAGCAUUCAUGCAGGAGUUGACAGAAAUGUUGGGAUUCACUCCAUACAGAUACUACUAUUACACCUGGAAGUACAUCUCCCCUCUGGCCAUGGUCAUCCUGAUGUUGGCCAGUAUCAUUCAGAUGGGGAUCACUCCUCCAGGGUACAAUGCCUGGAUAAUGGAAGAGGCUGUGGAGAGGUUCCUGAUAUUCCCAGGCUGGGCCCUCGGUUUGACCGUUUCUCUGAUUGUGCUGGGAAUUCUCCCCAUUCCUAUUGUUUUUAUUGUCCGGCACUUCCAUCUUGUGUCUGAUGGGUCCAACACUUUAUCCGUCUCCUACAACCGAGGUCGAAUGAUGAAAGAUAUGUCCAAUUUGGAUGAUCAUGAUGAGACACGAUUCAUCCUGAGUAAGGUUCCCAGUGAGAGUCCCUCACCAAUGCCUAUCCAUCGCUCUUAUAAUGGGCCAGACAGCAUAUCACCACUGGAGAUGACUGCUGCUAAUGGGCGAUAUGGUAUUGGUUACCUGUCUGCUGGCACUCCUGAAUCAGAACUGUAAACUGAGAUUGCCAUAGGCAAAUCAGCACCUAAAUACAGUUAUUAAUAUUAAGUGAAAUGGUGAGAGGUGUAACGAUUAAUUAGCAGGUUUUAAUUGGAGAAAACAACCUGUAACUAGCACCAUUGAUUGGAAUCCGGUCAAUUUGACAUUGAUCUCCACUGGUUUAAAACAAAACAAAAUUGUGUAAAUUAGUUAAUGAUAGACUGGACCUGUAGCAGUGCGGGCACUGCAUGUACAAUGCUACAUUGGAAUCACUGUAAUUCAUCUGACCCUAUAUCAGCAAACAUUGAACAUAUCGCUUGUAUCAAAUCAGACAUGCAUAUACCUGUAAUGGCACAAAUACCACAUAUACCAGCCUUGCAUCAGUGCAGAUGUUGUAUAUACUGACCUUUUAUCUGCACAUACACUACAUAUGCUGAACCUGCAUCAAGACAAGCAUACCAGUUCUUACCCAAAAUCACUGCUGAAGAUUUCGCAAACCACCACCCCCCCCACCAACCUCCCCAACCCCGAUCAGUAGCCGAUAAAAUAAAAAACUCAGUUUAGGUACAGACAAUGUGAAUACUGUACAGGAAAUGCACAUCCUGAACCAAAAUCAGCACAAGAGCGACAUCUGCUGCCCUAUAUUAGUCCACACACAACACCAGUCCUGAAAAAGCACAAAUGCGUUAUGUUAGGCCUAUAUCUGCACAUACAUGCCAUAUACUGCCAUUUAUGAAGAUAAGCAAUGCACGUGCUAACCAGAGUCGGUAUGAGUCUGUGUACUAACCAAGUGUGUAAGUGUUGUGUAC